AUGAGCAAAAAAGAAUACUGCGAUGAAAAGGUUGAAGCCAUCAACGACGGCCGCAUCCGAAGAAGAAGUCCCGAUGAUGGGAGAAGAAGCGGUUUCGACGAACGCCGUCGUAAUCAUGAACAUCGUGAUCUCGGUAGACACGAUGACCGAGAUUGGAGACUGCGAAGGCAAGACGAUGCUGCAGAGGGUUUUCCAGAACGUCGAAACAAGGGCUCUAGACAUGAAAACAAGAGAGGUCGUGGACAUAGAGGCUUUGGAAGUUCGGGUAGAGGACGAGGUGGUCGCGGGCGGGAUAGAGACAGGGAUGGCGAGCGAGAGAACCAUGAGAAGCGUUCUGCUAGCAAGGAUUCGAAGGAAGAUACGCAAGCAAACGCUGGGAGCAAAGACACUGAUGUUUCGAAUGCACCGACGUCCGAAGACUCCAAUAUGCACGCUGAAACCCCCGCAUCUUUAAAGAAGCGGCCUCGCGACGAAAAUGAUGGAGCGGAGGAUGAUAAUGAAGUUGCGGCAGAGGUUCCAUCAAGCAAACGUGCGCGAGAGGACAUCGAGGCUGAGGUUCGGAAGGAGCCAGAGGUAUUAGAUGCAGGAUUGGUCGCUUCGAAAAAACGCUCACGGGAGGAUGACGAUAUUGGAAUCGGAAACGAGCCUAAAAGGGUCGACGUGAAGGAGGGAUGA